AUGGCUACCCGGUUCUUGGCGCAAAAUGACGGUGGUGAGACGAAACAGCAGCAAACAUCUCUUCUCAAGCUUUACCUCGUGAGCUCCCAUUUCCGGGAAUCAAGUCAAGGACAUUCCUUGAUAGAAAGAAGGCUCGCUGGUGGUGUGAAGUACAAAUCAAUCUAUUUUAUCUCGUCGUCGCCUACUAUAUCUGACGCCAUGUAA